AUGGGGGGAUGUCUUUGUAAAAGAAAACGACUAUUUAUUGCUCGUAGUCGCUGUCUAAGGCAACAUUCAACAACUGUUAAUAAUGUAGUGAACAAUGGGAGUAACACAUCUAGUACUGCUGUACGACAAGUACGAAGACAUUUGCCAGCGCGAACUCAAGUAGUAACCUUAUCAGCUCAGACUACAUCUCAAAAUUUUGAUGGUGAUCGUGGGACAACGGAUCAUGUUGAAGCUUAUGUAAAGAAUUUAAUACUACAAAUUUUAAAAAUGAUACGCUAUCUAGUAAGCAAUGAGCAGGAGCUACCCAGGCAGAUGAUAAAGUUAAAUUUAAUUGCUGAUAAAGAAGGGGGCUGGAUUAUGGUUGUGAUGUGUUUGAUUGAUGUGAUUACUGUUCAAGAACCUCUCGGACCUGCUGUGAUUGCACUCUUUUUGGAUGAGAGUCCACUUCCAACAAAGGAAACUGUCAUGCGUUUACUUACGCAGCAUUUGGACUUAGAAAAUUCACAUUCAACGAAGUCCAACGAACUCCAUUCUUCUCGAGAUCGAAAUACAUGUAUUGUAUUAGGUUCUCUUGCCGAAAAAUUGGCUGGACCAAGCUCUGUACAAAUAUGCACAAAUUCGACGCUGAAUUAUCUUUUUAAUAAUCUUGGAUGUGAAAAUGACCCGCAAGUAAUACUUUUUUCACUGAUCGCUCUCGAGAAAUUUGCUCAAACAAGUGAAAAUAGGUUGAUUAUUUGUCGAAAAUUUGAACAAAUGGAACGUAAUCCACUACUGGUCUUAGAGUCAUGGAUGUAUGAUUCACGAAUUCAUAAUGAAUGGUUGAAACAGCAGGUUGCAUUUUGUGCUCAGUGGACGUUGGAUAAUGUUUUUGUAAUUGAGAAUCGUACUCCUUCAUACUUGACCGUGAAUGUCGAUGAAAUAAAUGCUAUGUUAAAUCACGAAGAUGUCAGCGAAUAUCUGAAAAUAGGUUCCAGUGGAUUAGAGGCACGAUGUGAUGUUCCAUCUUUCGAGUCGGUUCGGUGUACUUUCGAAGCCUCAGAAGGUAUUUGGUUUUAUGAAGCGCUUAUUCUGACACCUGGUGUAAUGCAGAUUGGUUUUGCAACUAAGCAAAGUCGUUUUUCUAAUCACGAAGGCUAUGGAAUUGGAGAUGAUGAUUGCUCAGUAGCAUAUGAUGGUUGUCGACAGUUAAUCUGGCAUGAUGCAGAUUCUAAAAAAAUCGAGCACGAUCACUGGAAAGCUGGUGAUAUUCUUGGCUGCCUACUGAAUUUGAAAGAUAACUAUGUACAGUUUUAUUUAAAUGGUGUACCACUUCGUGAACCACACCAUGCAUUUCUUCGAAGAAGAGGCAAAACUACAGGAUUCUUUGCAGCUGCUUCGUUCAUGAGUUUCCAACAGUGUCGCUUUAAUUUUGGCUCCGAGCCUUUCAAAUUUCCACCUACAGAUGUAAAUUUCAAAACAUUCAAUGAUUAUGGCAAAUUGCUUCCGAACCAAAAAACUAUACUUCCACGGUACCGUAGGAUAGAACUGUUUACACAAAUGACAAUCGCAGACGAUGCAUGUAAUUUAUGUUAUGAAAAUGCAAUAGACACUAUUUUGAAGCCAUGCGGUCACAGUGGAAUUUGUUACUGCUGUUCUGAACAAAUUGAACUCUGUCCACUAUGCCGUGAAGCAAUCAUGGAGCGAGUGCGAAUGUGCAAACGAUCUCUACAUUAA